CCAGAAAGAAAGAAAAAAAAAAUCAACGAUUCGUUUAGAACCGGAAAUAAACCGCUUUCGCUUUCACCACGUCAAUGACGCAAGCGAGAUUUCAACAUGAUCUCCUCAAUGUUGGGCAGAAUCGUCACUGACCUUGGCAACAGCCUUUUCUUGGUAGCCGUCACCGCGUUACUGUUGCUCUACCUGUGGUUGAGACGCCCGGAUCCCCGCUAUCCUCCGUGCCCCGCGACGCCCCUGCCCCUAUUUGGUCAUAUGUUUAUGAUUGAGAAAAAUCCGAGAGUGCAGUUAGAGCGUUGGAGAAGAGAGAAAGGAGAUUUGUACAGGUAAGUUGUUGGGAUAAUCUGGUAAUUUGAGAAACUUGCGCAGGUAAAUUGUGGGUCAUAUUUAGUCUAGGUAGUUUAUUGAACUUCUUCGGGUAAUUUGUAAGUCAUUUUCAGGAACCUUUUCAGGUAAAUUGAGGGUCAUGUCCAGGUAAAUAUUGAAACUUUUACAUGUAAUUUGUGGGUCAUUUUCAGGAGUUACAUGAAAUUUUCCCAGGUAAUUGUGGGUCAUAUUCAGGUAAAACGUUGAACUUUUCAGCUAAUUGUUGCGCCUUGUUAACCUAAUUUUAGGGUCUUGUUCAAAUAAUCCUAAUUAAUUUGAACAUCCUACCACACGUACAUGGAGAUUAUAAUGUUCAGUCUAGGCUGAUGUUAAGUUCGUAGACAGACAAUAGUUCGAAUACGUCAACCACGCUCAAGUGAACUUUUGUUUUUAAAGUAGUCAGAGAUUUACCGACAAGUAGCUUUAGUAACCAUGGUAACUGAUGUUUCACAAAAUCAUUUGUUAAUGUUGUUUUCAAUAUCAACAUUUUUUUUUAUUACAGUUUUUACAUAGGCGGCACCAUGGUGGUUGUGUUGAAUGGCUACGAGCUGAUCAAGGAAGCUUUGGUA